CGGGGUGAAGGGAGCGAAGAGAAGAAAGUGACCCGAGCGUUGUUGUCUUUUAUAGGAAAAUAUAUACAAAAACGAAGACUUCAGGGUAAAAACAGAUCAAGAAGAAAUAGGGGAAACGAGGACUUUUGUUAUUUUUCAACUCAUUAAUUAAUUUAUCUUUGCGACACUGAAGUUAAGUUAACCCGAGACGGAGCUCAGCCUCGCGCUGGCGACUCUAUGUGGAUUUUACAGAAAAUAUGGGCCAAUUACCCGGUUUCUCUUCGGGCAAAAUAUUAGUAAUAGUCGUCUGCUGCCUUCCACUUUCUUAUGCUCUUCAAUGUCUGGAUGCUGUUAAACCAUGUGUGAACAAUGCUACGUGUGUCACCUUCACCAAUGGGACAGGAUACUGUAGGUGUGCUGCAGGCUACCUGGGUGAGUAUUGCCAUCACAAAGACCCCUGCCACCCUGGUUACUGUAAGAACGGGGGGAACUGCUCUGUGUUGGGCGUCCCAGGCAGCCCCACCUGCUCCUGUCCUCUGGGCUACACAGGACAGCACUGCCAGACGCCGCAGAACUCCACCUGUUACCCCACCAACCCCUGUGUCAACCAGGGAGUGUGCACCCUGCUGUCCCUGGACAAGUACAAGUGUCAGUGUGCCCACGGAUGGACAGGUGUAAAUUGUGAGCGUGAGGACAGUUGUAUGUCGGCGCCCUGUGCUAAUGGAGGCACCUGCAGCGCCCUGUCAGUGGGCAAAUUCAGCUGCCACUGUCCUCCAGGCUACAAGGGCCCGCUCUGCCUCAACGACACCGAUGAGUGUUCUGCCUCCGUCCCGGUGUGUCAGAACGGAGGGCUGUGUGUCAACACUCCCGGCUCCUACAAGUGUGGCUGCACCCCUGGGUUCACCGGGCGCACCUGUGAGACUCCCUACAUCCCCUGCUCCCCUUCACCCUGUCUCAACGGGGGCACGUGUCGCCAAACCAGUGAGACCAAUUACUGGUGCCACUGCCUGCCAGGCUUCAACGGGACUAACUGUGAGAACAACAUUGACGACUGCCCCGACCAUAAAUGCCAAAAUGGUGGGACGUGCAUGGAUGGUGUCAAUACCUACAACUGCAAGUGUCCUCCGGAAUGGACAGGUCAGUUCUGUACUGAGGACGUGGAUGAGUGCCGCUUGCAGCCAAACACAUGUCAGAACGGGGGUACCUGUAGCAACAUCCACGGCAGCUACACCUGUGUGUGCGUGAACGGUUGGAGUGGCUUGGACUGCUCUGAGAACAUAGACGACUGUGCCACGGCUGCCUGCACCGUCGGCUCCACCUGUAUCGACCGCGUGGCCUCCUUCCUCUGUGUCUGUCCCUAUGGAAAGACAGGUUUGCUGUGCCACGUGAACGACGCCUGCAUCAGUAGCCCGUGCCGGGACGGGGCACAAUGUGACACCAACCCCAUCAACGGCAUGUUCAACUGCAACUGCGCCCCCGGCUACAAAGGAAGCACCUGCAAUGACGACAUCAACGAGUGCAUCAUAGGUCCAAACCCCUGUGAGCAUGGGGGAGUGUGUGUGAACACGGAUGGCUCGUUCACCUGUAACUGUGCCAGAGGUUAUGGGGGGCCGCGCUGCGAGACCGACGUCAAUGAAUGUGCGUCCAGCCCCUGUCAGAACGAUGGCACAUGCCUGGACCGCAUCGGAGACUACAGCUGCAUCUGUAUGGAAGGCUUUGAGGGAACGCACUGUGAGUUUGACAUCAACGAGUGUGCCAGCUCUCCAUGUCUGAACCAGGGGACGUGUCUGGAUCAAGUCAAACGCUACGUCUGCCAGUGUCCUUUAGGAUUCAGUGGGGAGAUGUGUCAGAUUGACAUCGACGAGUGUUCCAGUACGCCGUGUCUCAACGGGGCCAAGUGCAUCGACCGACCCAACGGCUACGAGUGUGAAUGCGCUGAAGGCUUCUCAGGCCUGCUGUGUAAGGAGAACACAGAUGACUGUGACCCGGAGCCGUGUCACCACGGGGUGUGUCGGGACGGCAUCGACACCUUCUCCUGCGACUGCGACCCCGGUUACACUGGCUCCAUCUGCAACAUCCAGGUCAUGGAGUGCAACAGCAACCCGUGCCAGAACCGUGGCCGCUGCAUCGACCGGGUCAACAUGUACCAGUGCAACUGUCAGCCCGGCACCUCAGGGGUGAACUGUGAGAUCAAUGCAGAUGACUGUGCUGGCAACCCCUGUGAGUAUGGAACGUGCCAGGAUGGAAUCGAUGAGUACAAGUGUGUCUGUGCUCCGGGAUACACAGGUGCAAAAUGUGACGUGGAUAUCAACGAGUGUAACUCGGGUCCAUGUAUGAGCGGAGGUACCUGUGUGGACAAGGUGAACAGCUUUGUCUGCCUGUGUCCGCCUGGCACCCACGGCCCUCUGUGCCACUCCGGCCCAGACCACUGUGCCCUCCAGCACUGUGUUCACGGAGACUGUGUUGAGCAGCUGAGCGGGUACCGCUGCGAGUGCCAGGCUGGCUGGGUGGGGCAGCACUGUGACCAGGAGCAGGAUGAGUGCCAGUCCAGUCCAUGUCAGCACAGCGGGACCUGUGUGGACAGACACAACGGAUACGUCUGCCAUUGUCGUCCUGGAUUCACAGGUUUGAACUGUGAGGUCAACAUAGACGAGUGUGCCUCAAGCCCGUGCGGGAACCAUGGAAGCUGUGUGGAUGAGGUCAACAGCUUCACCUGCCUGUGUGCCCCACCUUACUCAGGAAAGCACUGUUUGGAGGAGCUAGUUCCCUGCGCCUCUCAUCCAUGUGAAAUGGGAGGUGUCUGUCAGCCCACCUCAGACUACACUUCUUACACCUGUCGCUGUCCCAAUGGUUGGCAAGGUCCCCGCUGCACUGAGGAUGUGAAUGAGUGCAGUCAGAACCCGUGUCAGAACUGGGCCCAAUGCAUUAACAACCAGGGCAGCUACAAGUGCAAGUGCAAGCCAGGCUACAGUGGUCACAACUGCCAGACCAACAUUGAUGACUGUUCUCCAAAUCCGUGUCUAAACGGCGGUUCCUGUGUGGACCAAGUGGGAGGGUUCUUCUGUGACUGCCGGCCAGGGUUCCAAGGUGAGCGCUGUGAGGCGGAGGUGGAUGAAUGUGCCAGCAAGCCGUGCUGGAACGGAGCUGUGUGCCGGGACUAUGUCAACAGCUUUGUCUGUGAGUGCCAACCAGGUUUUGAUGGAAUGCACUGCGAACACAACAUACCAGAAUGCACUGAGAGUUUGUGUCUGAAUAAUGGGACCUGUGUUGACGAUAUCAACACGUUCUCAUGCCGCUGUCGUCCUGGUUUCAACGGGACCUUCUGUCAGUACGAGCAGAAUGAGUGCGACUCUCAGCCCUGUAAGAAUGGAGGGACCUGCACUGAUGGCCUGGGAUCCUACCGUUGCACCUGUCCUGUGGGAUACAAUGGACACAACUGCCAGAACUACGUGAACCUGUGUAGCCAGCCUCUGUGCAAGAACGGGGGCGUCUGUUCCCAGUCAGAGACCACCUGGUCAUGUCGCUGUCUUGAUGGCUGGACGGGCCUCUACUGUGACGUGCCCGACAUGUCCUGUCGGGACUACGCCGCGCGGAAAGGUAUCGGAGUGGAGAAUGUGUGCAAGAACUCCGGUCGCUGUGUGAACGUGGGUAAGGCCCACCAGUGUCAGUGCCAGCUGGGCUACACGGGCAGCUACUGUGAGGAAACUGUGGACGAGUGCCUGUCCAACCCCUGCCAGAACGGGGCCACCUGCAUAGACUACCAGGGCACAUACGAGUGCACUUGCAAGGCUGGUUUCCAGGGGGUGAACUGCGAAUAUGACGUGAAUGAGUGCCACUCUAACCCCUGUCGCCACGGAGGGACCUGCAUCGACCUCAUCAACCGUUUCUCCUGCGCCUGUCCCCCGGGCACGCAAGGAGUUCAGUGUGAAGUCAACCUGGACGACUGCGCUCCCAAGCCCGGCUACAGGGAGCCUCACUGCCUGAACGGCGGUCAGUGUGUGGAUGGUGUCGGCCGCUUUACCUGCUCCUGUCUCCCUGGCUUCGCCGGGGAACGCUGUGAGGGGGACAUCAACGAGUGCCUGUCCGUACCCUGCCACUCCCCCGGAAGCCUGGACUGUGUUCAGCUAGCCAAUGACUACCAAUGUCACUGUCACCUGGGAUACACAGGACGCCACUGUGAAUCCAUGGUGGACCUGUGCCAGUCUAAGCCGUGCCACAACAGUGGUACUUGCUCCAUGAACACCAGCUCAGUACACGGAUACACAUGCAUCUGUCAGCCAGGCUUCACCGGAUUCAACUGUGGCGAGUUGGAGGGGUACAACUGUGCCAAGCUGCACUGCCAGAACGGAGGGGAAUGUCAGUCCCAGAGUGGUCAUCUGCACUGCCGCUGCCAGCCAGGCUUCAGUGGUCAGCACUGCGAGAAGGUCCAGAGCUGCCAGAACCAGCCCUGUCUGAACGGAGGCACCUGUAUGCCAGACCCACACUACCCCUUUCAGUACAGCUGUCGCUGCCCCACCUACUUCUCAGGCCGCCACUGUGAGAGUGUCAACCCGACCCCGUCCUGCCCAUACGCAGCGUGUGAGCAGCAGUCUGGGGACAAGGUGUGUGACCAGCUGUGCAACAACCAUGAGUGCCAGUGGGAUGGAGGGGACUGUUCCCUCCACUGGCGCCAGCCGUGGGCGAACUGCACCGCCCCGGUGCCUUGCUGGGAGCUGUUCCACAACAACCGCUGUGACCAUGAGUGUGACAACUCGGGCUGCCUCUUCGACAGCUUCGAGUGCCAAGAGAGCACCAAGUCCUGCACAUAUGAGGUUUAUUGUGCAGACCACUAUCUCAAUGGGAAAUGUGACGAAAGCUGUAACACGGAGGCCUGUGGCUGGGACGGCCUGGACUGCUCUGCGGACACCCCCUCUAAGGUGGCUGAAGGCACGCUGGUCAUUGUGGUGUUACUGGUUCCCGAGGAGCUGUUGAGAGACCUCCGAGGCUUCCUGCGUUCUUUGGGAAAAAUCCUGCACACCAACCUCAAUGUCAGAAAGGACGCCCAGCUAAAGCCCAUGGUGUAUCCAUAUUACGGCCUGGAGCAGAACAAUGACAGGGAAGGACAGUCGGCUACGAUGAAACAUAGAGGGAAGCGGGAGCUGGACAAGGAGGUCAUAGGGUCCACAGUGCACCUGGAGAUUGAUAACCGUGAGUGUGCUCAGACCUCCUCGGACUGCAUCUCCAACACAGAGCUGGCUGCAUCCUUCAUCGCCGCCGAGUUCCUGAAGUCAUCUCUCCGCUACCCGGUGAUCUCUGUUCACAGUCCUCCAGUUGGCCCCGGCCGCGUGAAGCCCCCCUACCUGCUGUACCUGGCCGUAGGAGCAGCCGUCAUCAUCCUUCUCAUCCUAGUGCUGGGCGUGCUGGCCGCCAAGCGCAAACGUAAACACGGCUCCCUCUGGCUCCCUGAUGGUUUCUUGGCCAGGAAGGAUGACAAGAGAAGGGAGCCCGUGGGCCAGGAUGACUUUGGCAUGAAACUGACCUCCGCUCCUCCCUGUAGGAACUUCAAGACCCAGGAUGGAGUGAUGAUGGAUGGCAGCCAGAGGUGGAUGGAUGAGGAGGCCACGUCCAAGAAACCACGGACUGAGGACAAGCCCCUGCUGCCCCUGGAAGUGGAUGGAGGAGUGGACCGACGAGAGUGGACCCUGCAGCACCACAAGGCCGCCGACAGCUCUCUGACCCCACCACAGCCUGAUCUGGACGAACACUGCCUGGAUGUCAACGUGAAAGGACCAGACGGCUUCACCCCUCUGAUGCUGGCCUCCCUACGAAACGGAGGCGUUUCGGACUGUGGUCUGCAGGCGGAGGAGGAGGAGGAGAGCGGAGGCGACGAGCCUGGACCCAACGUCAUCUCCGACCUCAUUUCCCAGGGAGCCACUCUCAUGGCCCAGACGGACCGCACGGGGGAAACAGCGCUUCACCUGGCCGCACGUUACGCCCGGGCCGACGCCGCCAAGAGGCUACUGGAUGCCGGGGCAGACGCCAACGCUCACGACAACAUGGGCCGUACCCCGCUGCAUGCCGCCGUGGCGGCCGACGCCCAGGGAGUGUUCCAGAUACUGAUCCGUAACCGGGCCACGGAGCUGGAUGCCAGGAUGAACGAUGGAACCACCCCUCUGAUCCUGGCUGCCAGGCUGGCCGUGGAGGGCAUGGUGGAAGAACUGGUGCACUGCCACGCCGACAUCAACGCCGUGGACGACCACGGUAAAUCUGCUCUGCACUGGGCAGCUGCUGUGAACAAUGUGGAGGCCACCCUGGUGCUCCUGAAGAAUGGAGCCAAUAGAGAUAUGCAGGACAACAAGGAGGAGACCCCGUUGUUCCUUGCGGCCAGAGAGGGUAGCUUUGAGGCAGCCCAGGUUCUGCUUGACCACUACUCUAAUAGGGACAUCACAGACCACCUGGACAGGCUGCCCCGGGACACCGCACAGGAGCGCAUGCACCAUGACAUUGUCCGUCUGCUCGACCAGUACAACCUGGUCCACAGCCCUCACAACGGGCCCAACCACAUGGGUGGGGGAGGGGGGCACUCCUCCCUGGUCUGCGGGAGCAACGGAGCAGGUUACAUGGGCAUGCGUCCCGGGCCCCAGGGCAAGAAGAGCAGGCGGGGCGGGGGGAAGGUGGGAGGUGUGGGCGGCAGCACAGCCAAGGAUCUGAAGGACAUGAAGGCCAAGCGGAGGAAGAAGCCUACAAUAGGAGAGGGGCCUGCCGUGGGAGUCGUAGGAGGACCCGGUGGCAACGGAAAUAAAGCUGCAGGAGGGCUGCCAGAGAGUUCCGUCACCAUGUCCCCCGUUGACUCCCUGGAGUCCCCACACUCAUACACAGGAGAUGUUGCCGGGGCCUCCAACACAGCCAACUCUCCUCCUCUCCUGGGCAGCCCCACGUCCAGGCCCCUACUGCCCCCCGUCAGCCACAUGCUGGGCCAGCAGCAGAGCUGGGUGGGCCUGAAGCCCGGCUACAGUAACCACAUGUUCGGCCUCCUCCCCCAGCAGAUGGGCAACGGUCACCCUGGCUUGUCCCAGCACCACAGCCAAAGCCUGCUCACCCCCAUGAAUGUCACCAUGAGCCGCGAGCAGCUGCCUCCCAUCGUCACCUUCCAGAUGAUGGCGCCGGGGGGCGGCCAGGCUCUGCUGAAGCAGCCCCAGUCUGGGCAGUCACAGGGGCAAAACCAGGUUCAGGCCCACUCUCAGCAGGGCCCCACUCAUCUGCAAUGCACCCAGGGCAUGAUGUACCAGAUGCCGGACAUGAGCCUCCAGCACACCCUGUCCCACAGCGUCCCUCACCACCACAGCAUGGCCCACGGCCAGGGCAUGAUGCAGGAUGCUCAGUCCCGCCAGCAGCUCCCUCCCUACCAGGCCAUGCAGAGCCCUGUGGAUAAGUACCCGACACCUCCCUCUCAGCACAGCUAUGCCACCGCUGGCUCGGAGGGCACCACCCCGGGUCACCCGGCUCACCCGCCCAGCGAGCACCCGUACCUCACCCCCUCCCCCGAGUCCCCUGACCCCUGGUCCUCCUCCUCCCCCCACUCCAACUCAGACUGGUCCGAUGUCACCACCAGCCCCACCCCCCUGGGGAACCCCCAUGCACUGCCACCGUCGUGCCGCACACACAUUCCGGAGCAGGUGCCGCCGCAGUCCCAGCAGACACAACAGAACCCCCAGCAGCCUCAGCGUGGCAACAUGCAAGUGUUUGCAUAGACAACGACUCUUUCAAAGCGCCCAACUCUUUAAAAGCUUUGUGGAUCUUUGUAGUUAAACUACAACGCUUAAAAACUCUUACCCAUAAUUUCUUUCACCAUUUGUUUGGUUAUCUUAUUGUCUCUGGACAAGGUAAUCGCUUACUGAAACUUCAUUGUUACACAGCUUUUCUUCCAGUUUUGCACUUAAGGAUAGUGUAUAUAGUUUCAUGAGUAUUGCCAACUAAAACCAAAAACUCUUGGUGUACCUUGGACAUUUUGAAAGUCACGGACCAUCAGAAGUCAAACAAGGAACCACAGCCAAACAGUAAUUGUGCAUGUCAUUUAGGGAAACUUGAAUGUUCCAGAAGACACCAAGACAAGAUGGACAUUGGAUAACUGCAUCUUGUUUUCAUCUCUCUUGGGAUAUUUCUUUGGGCUGAGCCUUAUUAUUGAUGUUUGUGAAGGACAUAUAUUUGAUCAUUUAACAUAACAUUUCUUUCAUUCACUGUUUAAUGUAUUGGACCUGCCAAGGACGUACUAAUGUUUCAUCGAACAUUAACUCUACUUUUUAUAUGAUGGGUCACAUUCACUUAUGUUAAGUUGUUUUCGCUGAGCAAAAACUGCCUUAUGGGUUUGUAUCAUGCAAUGUUUGUGAUUAGGAUGUGCUGGGCCGGAUUGAGGGGUAGUUGUUGUGUGGUUAGAAAGGUACGCAUGCGCACAAGCUAAAAACAUACAGUUACGUACUUAUUUUUAAUGUGUGGUUCUAAGCUAAACUGUGGUGUACAUAGUUGUCAUAUACAGUAAGGUCCUAUAUUGUUAAUUGUUGCCUCUGUUACAGUGUAGCCUCUGUCCCACACCUCCGCCUAAGGAGGGAAGUCAGGCAGGCCUAGGGUAUUCCAUCAGAAGUAUCCGGGCUAUGGAACAUUUUAAUGUAAAUGGUACAGUUAUGAAUAUAGAAGUAAAGACAACAACUGAUAAAAUUACACAUUAAAUGUAUUGUCUCUCGCACCAUGCGUGUUUCACUAUGGUGCCCGGACAACAAUAAGGACACCAUUAUUAUAAUGUUAAGACACUUUAAAAACAAACGCUCAGUGUUGAGGUACCGUAAAAAUGGUAUGGCAUAAUUUUAAAUCCUACAUAAAAACACAUUAGUAUGUCCUGCCCCUGCUGUUGCAGAACUGAUAGGUGACUAUUCUACCUGUAACUUUUAAGUCUGUUAUAAUUAUUCUAUUCUAUCACAAUUGUUAUUUUAUAUUAUUACUGCUCAAAAGUUUAAGAGGUUCUGAAGUUGUACUUUUUUGUUUGAAAUUGCAGUUUCUUUUCUCCCGAAAUCAUGUAAUCAACUUUUUUGUUGCUAAAUUACAAUCAGUGUAUUUGUGCACCUUUAAUUGUUUUCUGAUUCAUAAACCAAGUCUGAAUAUUUUUAGGAUAUGUUUUGCAUUAUGAGUAUUUUUUUCUUCCUAAUGUUUCUCAGUGAGCACAGGCUGAUAUGACUGCUCUGUGACUACAGACAAUCAUUGAUCGUUUCUAUUUUGCACUGUUAAAUGGAACAUCAAUGUCUCCCAAGACCAAAUUGACUAAUUCGCCAAAAACAUAUUGCAAAUUACUGUAUAUUCACAUUGGACAUGUUGUAUUUUGACAUGCUUUCUAAUCGAAGUGGAUUAUUGUUACACUCUAUUGCAGUGAAUAAAGAAGCUUGGUCGGAGCAAAACCCAUAUACAGUCAAUCAUUAUCCCUACGCUAAAAGUAUCUAGUGAAUGCCUUGAUGAGCAAAUACAUGUUAAAAUCCCCCAAGUCUUUUCUCAUUCCCACUACCUGGCACUUAAUAUUAUAUACCCCAUUAAAAAUAUCUUCUGGUGUCCUGUCUUUUGGACUAGGCCUUUUGAGUCAUCCAUCCAUAUUACGAUCAAAUCCACAGAGCUCAUGGUAUUUACACUUAAAUGCCUCAUGUUAUGCAAGGCAAUUUUUAUGUGUUGUAUAUAAAUAUUUUUUGUAUCUUUUUCUGUUAACCAUAUAUACUUGUAAUAUGAAGUAGUGUCCCUCAUUUGUGUAGAAGAUGCCUGUUUAUACAGAACAAACAGAGCCUGUCUGAUUGAAAUAAACCAAACAAAUGAUCAAGUGCAUAUUAUAUACGUAAAUAAAGUCAAACUUUUUAGAUCCA